AUGCCGGAAUAUAUGCAGAAACGCUAUCAAAGUCAGUCCAUCCGCACUAUUUUGACAACUAUAACCCUUGUGAGUUAUGUCUUCACUAAAAUCUCGGUAAGUCAGGCCCUGCUAGGAAUUUCAGGUAAAUUGGUAUUCACACCAUUUUACUUUUGGUAGGGGCUAGACUUGCUCCAAGUCUCUCUUCAUUGUCAUAUAGUAUCGAUCCGCUAUAGUGUACAUUACAUGACGUAGUAUGGAGGGGCGGAGCGAGAAAAUCUCGGUUCAAAACUGAACCGAAAAUGCAAGACUUGCUUUAAUUGUUUUCGUUCAAUUUCUUUCUGUAUUAUUCACUAUAAUCGGAACUCAUGUUAUUUACACUGUGCUAGAUCAUAGUUACUAUGGCUAGAUCAAUAUAUAUAAACACUGACAGAAAACAAUUAAAGCAAGUUCAAUUCUAACCUGAAGUUCAGGCCCUAAUCAAGUGCAAUUCCAUAGUAUGAAUUUCAUUAUUUUCCUCCAGUGCCCCUGCAUGGUUAGACCUGGUAAGUAGUACAGCGAAAGUUACAUACAAUGGAACAGACAGACGAAUCAUAUAAAGCGAACUAAUUGAGAUAUAAAUAAGAAAACACACCGACAAACUUUUAUUCACUUUCGUUUUCUUUCUCCAGAUCGAUAUUUACGCUGGCAGUGUCUAUUUCCGAGAAGCAACAGGAUGGAAUAUUUACAUAUCAGCAUUUGUUGUGCUUAGUAUUACGGCUGUGUAUGUAAUUGUUGGUAAGGACUCUUCCUUAAUUAUCUGCAUUUUCACAAAAGCGUGCUUUUUUUCAAUCCCCCUCCCAACUAUAUUCAACUAUUGCAUGCAACUAUUAGCACCACAAGCCUCUUCUCCCGGUCCCCUUGCUGUGCAAUAUUACAGGUCAAAUGAGACGUCUACAUUCUACUCAUGUUUAGGUGGUCUCGAAGCAGUUACAUUUACAGAUAUUUUACAAGUCAGCAUUAUGCUUAUUGGCGCUGUAAUACUCACGAUAUUAGGUAAAUGUAUUCACAUUUCUUUGUGAUGGGUCCUUUGUUUAAUACUUAAUAUCCUAUAGUUAGAAAUAAUCGUGACACAGUCUAGAGCUUGUGCUCAACAAUAUUAUAUUAGAAACCUAAAUAAUCUGUCACUGUAUAAGUGCAGAACUGAACGUUUUAAAAACAAUUUCUUUCCAAGGGCAAUUGCUGAACUGAAUGCCAUGAAAUAGAGAAAGGAAACUACUUUAGAUUAAAUGGUUGAACAAUUUGUAUUUUAACUAUUACUAUUAUUCUUAAUCUAUUUUACCUUAACUUUUAUAACCAUGUAAAUAACUUUAGCUAAAUUUGACUUUGCAUGUACACACAUUGUAAUUCAUUUUUUAUGCGAAAAUGUGUCAUUAAACACCAAAUAAUAAUAAAAAACCCGACUAACAAUCUAACAGACGAGCAGUAGUUUCUGUGUCCCCUAAAAUAUUUUGGCCCCCCUGCCAAUAUGCCUCUGCUAAUAGACUAACAAGCCCACGCAGCAAAUAUGAAGGGUGCGAAAUUUCGUUUGUGGACCGUAAUAAUGAGUUUGUCAGUUAACAAAGGGAAUAAACAUAUGAACACAAUCAUAUACAUAAGUUGCAGCUUGUUGACUAACAUUUCUUUAAACAAAAUUAUCCAAGGUUUUAUAGAGAUCGGCGGUAUAGAAAAGUUGUGGGAGGAAUACCCAAAAUCAUUUGGCCGUAAUUGGCGAGAGAUAGAGAAUGUCACCGUCAAUGGCACGAUAUCGGAGAGCAAUGGUAACUCGUAA